GCGGCCCUCCCGGGCUGAGGCGGCGGGCGGCUGCCGGGGCCGCCUCUCUCCGUGCCCGCGGCCCGGCCGGGCUGGCGGCGCGGCCCCGGCGCAGGGAGCGUCCGUCCUCGCUGCGCCGGUGCGGCUGGUGCCGGGCGGGCAUCUGCUGCGGAACGCGGAGCAUCCCACCUGCAUCUCCCCGGAGAAGGCCUUGUGCGGGCCUCCGUCUCCCCGUGGAGAGCCAGCGGCGCGCCGGGCUCCAGGCUGCUGCGGCAAGAUGUCGGUGACGUUCGAGGACGUGGCCAUCUACUUCUGCCCCGAGGAGUGGGCCGAGCUGGCGGGCUGGCAGCGGCGGCUCUACCGGGAGGUGAUGCUGGAGAACUACCAGGCGGUGGCCUGGCUGGGCUGGUGCGCCGUCAAGCCGGAGAUCAUCUGCAAGAUGGAGCGAGAAGAGACGCCGUGUGUGCCAGAGUGCCCUGGGGCGCGGCGGAGGCACCGCAGCCCUGAGCCAGCAGACGGUGACGUCCCGAUGCGGAGGAAGGAUGGGGAGGUCCCCGAGGGGCCGCCAGACCCCACCACCCUGCUCCCGGGGAUGCCUGAGCAGGGUGGAAGACAGUCCGGGGGCCUCCCAGCCAAGGUACUGCUGGCUCAGCCACUCCACAGCCCACCAGCCCCCAAGAGACCCCACGCCUGCACCAAGAGUGGGAAGAGCUUCGGCAAGAUCCAGGACCUGAAGAAUCACCAGCAGAUGCACACGGUGGCACGGCCCUUCUCCUGCCGGCAGUGCGGCCGCCGCUUUCGGCUGAAGCAGUUCCUGGUGUCCCACCAGAAGGUGCACAGCGGGAAGAAGCCCUUCAGCUGUGUUGACUGUGGCAAGUGCUUCGCUCAGAGGGAUCGCCUGCUGAUCCAUCGGCGUGUGCACACCGGCGAGAAGCCCUUCACCUGCAGCCACUGCGGCCACCGCUUCAGGCAGAAGUACCACCUGGUCAGCCACCAGUGGGUCCACACCAGGGAACUCCCCUUUGCCUGCACCCGCUGCCCCAUGGCCUUUGGGGACAAGCAGAUCCUCACCAUCCACGAGCGUGGCCACAUCGGGGAGCGCCCCUUCCGCUGCGACCGCUGCCCCAAGGCCUUUAGGCGCAAGCAGGCCCUCACCGUCCACCAGCGGGUCCACACCGGGGAGCGUCCAUUUGCCUGCCCCCGCUGCCCCAAGGCCUUCAAGGAUAAGACGGCCCUCACCACCCACCAGCUGGUCCACACCGAGGAGCGCCCCUUCGCCUGUGACCGCUGCCCCAAGGCCUUCAAGGACAAAAAGACCCUCACUGUCCACCAGCGGGUCCACACCGUCGAGUGCCCCUUCGCCUGCCCCCACUGCCCCAAGGCCUUCAAGGACAAGAAGUCCCUCACCAUCCACCAGUGGGUCCAUACUGGGGAGCACCCCUUUGCCUGCGCCAACUGCCCCAAGGCCUUCAAGGACAAGAGGACCCUCACCAUCCACCAGCGGGUUCACAGCGGGGAGCGCCCCUUCACCUGCACCCACUGCCCCAUGGCCUUCAAGAAGAAGAAGACCCUCAGAGUCCACCAGCUGGUCCACAGCGUAGAGCGCCCAUAUGCCUGCCCCUCCUGCCCCAAGGCCUUCAAGCAGAAGCAGGCCCUCACCGUCCACCAGCGGGUCCACACCGGGGAGCGCCCCUUUGCCUGCGCCCACUGCCCCAAGGCCUUCAAGCAGAAGCAGGCCCUCACUGUCCACCAGCGGGUGCACAACGGGGAGCGCCCCUUCCUCUGCGCCCACUGCCCCAAGACGUUCAAGCAGAAGCAGGCCCUCACCAUCCACCAACGCAUCCACCUUGGGGAGCGCCCCUUCGCCUGCCCCCACUGCCCCAAGGCCUUCAGGGACAAGCAGAUCCUCACCAUCCACCAGCGGGUCCACACCGGGGAGCGCCCCUUCGCCUGCCCCCACUGCCCCAAGGCCUUCAAGCACAGGAGCGCCUUCACCGUCCACCAGCGCAUCCACACCGGUCACAAGCCCUACAAGUGCAGCGAGUGCGGCAAGACCUAUGUCUGGAAGAACGGCCUGAGUCGCCACCAGCAGAAGCACCAGGGGCCGCCGGCAGCGCCAGAGUGUGGCCAGCAGGAGGAGGGGGUCCGGCCGCAGCCGGGGGGACAGGCGGAGGCCCAGCCCUUCCACUGUGACGCCUGUGAGAAGCAGUUUCGGGACGAAGGCAGCAUGCUGGCUCACCAGUGCACCCCCAGCACCCCCAGCCUGCGACCGCCUCCGCCGCCCGGCACCCCUGAAACUCCUGUUCCGGGGCCCGCAGCUCGUCCUGGCUCGCCGCCCCUCUCCGUGGACGCUGUGAGUCUGAGGUGGGAGCUGCAGCACCCCUCGUCCCUCCUGCUCGGGCUGUUGUUGCCACCUCCACCUCGCCCUGGCACCCAGCCGCCUGCCGGCCAGGCCGCCCGUGACCACGGGCCUUCCCGGGAGUCGGGGCAGACGGAGGGUGAGCGCUGGGCGUCUGAAAGGCAACCCCCCCACCGAGGGUUCAGCAUCUGCCGUUUGCAGGAGGGUGCGCGGGAAGGAACGGCUUCGGGUUUGUCCUGAGGAGGAAAGCGGUGCCCGGGAGCUUGCCUGCUGCGGGGAGCAGAGACCGGCGCGGAGCAUCACGCGCGUUUGAGGAUGCGCAGCAGCCACGGCUGGGAGCCAGCUCCAUCAAACGCCUGCACUGGCGUUAGUUAAAUAAUAAGCAUUUUGUCUUACACUUCUUAAAGCAGUGUUCACACCUGUAGAACAGCUUUUGGGAAGAACCGCGCAAGCGGCGUGGGCCGGCGCGUUACUGCGAGUAUCGCGGUUUAGCCCCAGCCAGCAAUAAAUAACCACGUGCUCUUUCUUUCACCUCCCCACCUGCCAUCGGCGGGAUCGGGGGAGAGUUGGAAGAAAAAGGCGAAACUCGUGGCCUGAGUUCAGCAGAACAGCAAAGGGAAAAGCAGAGGAACAUCAAUAAUACUGAUAGAGGAAUACACAAAACCUGAUUAGUGAACAGCUGCUCCCCGGCGGAGAUUCCUGCCCGCCCGCCCCGGUAUCGAAUAUCCCAAAUUCUCCAAAGCUGUUGUGCCCGGCCAGAAGGAGAAAAGGGAGGCAAAAAAAAAAAAACGGGGGGCAAGUAUCCCCCCCACCCUGUUUCCCGCCUGGAUUGGGUGCCAUUAUUAAUAAAUUCCGAGAGGUGGCGGCGGGGACCUGCCGUCGCAGUGACAAGGGACCUGCCAUCGCAGGCACCAGAGAAGUGCCGCAUCUUUCAGUUGCCCCCCCUGAGGGUUUAAGGCCACCUGGGGUGCCCGGGGGUGCCAGAAGUGCUCAGGGAUGGCCCGGGGGCGCAGCCAGGUGUCCCGCAUCCCCGCGGAGAGGGACCCAGGGCCAGGCGGGUCCUAGGCACGGCCACCCUCUCCCUCUCCCAGCAGGGCACCCACGUACCUGUGGGUGGGGGGGUUGAGCCACCCCAUCCCCCUGAGUGGGUCGUCUGGGUGGCACCCGCAUCCCUGCACUGGGGGGGGGAGCACCCACGA